AUGGAUAUUGGUAGGAAGUUUGGAGGGCCCUCGUUGAUUUUGGGUGAUGUGAACUUUGUUUUAAGUAGUAAUGAGCGUGUUGGGUCUAAGGGGAAUGACCAAUUCCUCCCUUUCAUCACAGAGCUGAUUAAGAUCAAUCCUUUGAUUAACUUGCCCAUUAAAGGGGACAACCUGACAUGGGAUAAUCAUAGGGAAGGCACUGGUCAUAUUAAAUCGGCCCUCAAUAAAGUAGUGGUGAAUGAUGAAUGGUUAUGCCUUUUCCCUGCGGUUGUAGUCCAAUUGCUCCAUACCUAUAAUUCAAACCACAGGCCCCUGUACAUUCGUACUAAUGUUCCUCUGGCUUUUUUGAAUCGGCUGUUCCAGUUUAAGGCUUGGUGGACUAGGGACCCUAGAAGCUCUUUGAUGUUUGGUAAGCUAGAUUCCUAUAUCCAACAGUUGGAACACCAACUGAAGGACAUUCAGAAUUUGCCGACUGGAUCGAGGGUUUGGGGCGAGGAAGUUGAAGUGAGAAGGGCCCUUAAUGAGGCUUUAAGGAGGAAAACCUUGGACUGGCAACAGAGAUGUCAAGUUUCUUGGAUCAAGGAUGGUGACAAAUGUUACAAGUUCUUUUUCAUUGCUGCUAGUAUUCGUAAAAAAAACGAAAUGCGGCUGUGGAAGGACAAUGGUAUGGAGUUCUCUGUGGCCCUGAAAGACAUUUUCUCUAAUCCGCAAACUCUUUUCUCCAUGGGAAGUUCCAAAGCCCCAGGACCUGACGGGAUGUCUGUUAUGUUCUUUAAGCAUUAUUGGAGUUCUGUGGGCACUAACUUUUGCGAGGCAGUUGUGGAUUUUUUCCAAGCUAGUCUUCCCAUAGAUGGAUCAAUGAAACUAAUGCUCCAUACAAGUUCUCUGGUUGGGUCUGGCAGUGCAUUUCUACGACUUCGUUCAACAUCUGCCUUAAUGGAGGCAUGCAAUAAUAAUAGCGAUGGGAUGAAACGGGGAAUUAAGCAGGCGCUUGGGCUUAAUAUGGCAGUGAAUAAUAUUAAUUAUCUUGGGCUUCCUUUGUUUCGUAAUCGCAACAAAGAUGCUGACUUCAACUUCAUUUUGGAUAACCUCGUCUCAAAACUCCAUGGGUGGAAGUUGAAAUCAUUAUCAAAGGUUGGUUGUGCUACUUUGAUUAAAUCAGUUGGGCUUUCUUUACCCGUCUAUGUGAUGCAAACCAUAAAACUGACCAAGAAACUAGCGUCUAAAGUGGACGAGAUGGUAAGAGAUUUUUGGUGGGCCUGUGAGCCAUGUAACAGGGGCAUAUAUUUAAAGGCUUGGGAUUAUUUGUGCCUUCCCAAGUCUCGGGGUGGGCUUGGCUUCCAGAAGACUAUGGAAAUGAAUCAGGCCUUACUUGCCAAAUGGGAGUGGGCUCUCCUUAUUGAAGAGCAAUCUUUGUGCUGCCAGGUGUUGAGGGUUAAAUAUCUUAGAGGUAGACCUUUUUUGAAGUGUUCGGCCAUGAAUUCUGACUCUUGGUUCUUGAAGAAUGUUGUGAAGACUAAGGAAGUUCUUUUGAAAGGGGCUUGUAAACUUAUUGUGAAUGGGAAGGACACUAAUAUUCGGGAGGAUCCGUGGGUUGUUCAUGGCCAGGAGUUCUACCCUCACCCUGUAGUUGCUAGGCCGGAGGGUUGGAAAAAGUUGUGGACUUGCUUUUAG